GAAGAGCUCCAUUCGUUUGUCAGCCUACACUUUCCAUAAGAGAGAGUAGACAUAUUAUAUUGUUUCAUGUAUUCUCGUCAUUGAGAUAGGAGACAUAUUGCAUAUAGGCCUACGGAAGCCGAGGAGAGACGAAAUAUUUUGUCUCCAUCCGCGGGAAUGGCGACUGAAUAAUGUCAGACAGGCGUGAGUGGUGGACAUAGAGUGAUAGAAAGUCGGAAUGUCCUACAUAUGCCAAUGUAACUUUUUCUGCAAGGUAUUUCAAAACUAAGUAUUUCCUUUGCGUAAAUCAUCCUGGAGUCUCCAAAGGAUUCUUGAAGAAGGCACGCAGAACAGAGGCAAGUUUUUAAACCAUGGCCUGAAAAGAUGAGCAAAUCAGCCUAUACAGUCGAACUCACAUGCGUUACGUUAAGUUUUUUUUCAACAAAACGAUACGUUUUUUUUUUCUUAGAUGAUUUAAUGUGUUAUUUUCUGUAAUUAAGUUAUUAGUUAUUAUAAUGUCCCAUCAACUGCCGUAGCCUAUUUUGUGUUACGAAAUGGCCAUUCAAUAAAAUGUUGUUGCUUUAAGUUUAGCCUAUUUAAUUGCUUUGGUAUCGGCUGGAGGCAGUGGCAUUUUGACAAAUUAUUCUAAUCCUCAUCAUCCGUGGGGCAAUGCGUGAGUAUAAAGUCGUGGUCCUCGGCAGUGGAGGUGUCGGCAAGUCUGCUCUCACCGUGCAAUUUGUGACCGGGACCUUCAUAGAGAAGUAUGACCCGACAAUUGAAGAUUUUUAUCGAAAGGAGAUCGAGGUGGAUUCCUCCCCGUCAGUGCUGGAGAUUCUGGACACGGCUGGGACAGAGCAGUUUGCUUCUAUGAGAGACCUUUACAUCAAGAACGGCCAGGGCUUCAUACUCGUCUACAGUCUGGUCAACCAACAGAGUUUCCAAGACAUCAAGCCAAUGAGAGAUCAGAUCAUCAGAGUUAAAAGGUAUGAGAGUGUGCCGGUGAUCCUUGUGGGGAAUAAGGUGGACCAGGAGGGAGAGAGGGAGGUGUCUUGUGGAGAGGGCCAGGCUUUGGCCGAGGACUGGGGCUGUCCCUUCCUGGAGACCUCGGCGAAGAGCAAGACCAUGGUGGACGAGCUUUUCACUGAAAUCGUCCGACUGAUGGACUCCUCCUCGCUGCCCGACAGAGCAGAACCCUGCUGCGGCUUAGCCUGCAGUAUACAGUAGCUCGCGGGGAGGCGGGUCUGUGAGAGGGUGGCGGACAGGGGGCUGAACAAAUAGGCGCACAGCUGCUCGGUUUGCAGUAUUUACCAACUCCAGGGGGGAGUUGGACAAUACCGCCCCAAAUGUUUGUGAUGGUGAGCUAUCGAAGUCUUCAGGUCUCAGGCAAGGUUACUCUUCAUGCGACAGUGGUACACCGAAUUCCCUCCGUUACACAUUCGCCAGAGAAGCAUUUGGAAACAGUGGUGAAAGAA